AUGUCGUGGGGACAGGCGGCGACGCAGGCGCCGGCGAACCCGAACGGGGACUUUCUGGUGGCGAAUCCGCCGAACGAUGGGAUAAGCUCGCUGUCGUGGUCGCCGACGGGGAAUUUUUUGGUGGCGACGGCGUGGGACGGAGACGUGUAUUGCUAUGAGGUGGCGAACAAUGGGCAGGCGAUGCCGAAGGCGUCGACGAAGCACGAGGCGCCGGUGCUGUGUAGCUCGUGGUCGAGCGACGGCGCGAGCGUGUUCACGGGCGGGUGCGAUAACAUCGCGAAGAAAUGGGACUUGGCGAGCGGGCAGGCGACGCAGAUCGCGCAGCACGAUGGGGCGAUCAGACACAUGGCGUGGAUCGAACAGGUGGGGUUGUUAGUCACCGGAUCUUGGGAUCGAACGUUGAAGUAUUGGGACACGCGUCAGCCGAAUCCCGCGCUCCAGGUUCAGCUCCCCGAACGGUGUUACGCGUUAGAUGUCACGCACCCUUUGCUCGUCGUGGGAUGUGCCGAGAGACAGAUUCAGAUUUUCAACUUGAGCAACCCGCAAGUGCCGUACAAGCAGUUGUUAUCGCCGCUCAAGUAUCAGACGCGAUGCGUCGCCACGUUUCCCGAUCGCUCGGGCUACUUGGUCGGCUCCAUCGAAGGACGCGUCGCGGUUCAGCACGUGGAAGACAAUUUGCAAAGCAAGAACUUUACUUUCAAAUGUCACAGAGAAGGCACGCAAGACAUUUACGCCGUCAACUCCAUCUCGUUCCACCCGACGUUUGGAACGUUCGUCACCGCGGGCGCCGACGGCAACUUCAACUUUUGGGACAAGGAUAGUAAGCAACGCCUAAAGAACAUGACCAAGUGUUCGGCACCCAUCUCGUGCGGGAACUUCAAUCGCGAUGGGACGAUUUACGCGUACGCGGUGUCGUACGAUUGGAGCAAGGGCGGUGACAACCCGCUGUCAAACACGCCGAAUAACAUUUACUUGCACGCCGUGAACGAAACAGAAGUCAAGCCGCGGCCGGCGAAGAGCGGAAUCGGUCGUCGAUAA